AUGAUCCGAAUCUUGACAGAAGAAGUACGAUGCUCUUUGCGCUCUGGGUUUACCAUUAGUUCAGUAGGGCAGUGCGUGGAGGAACUUCUACUAAACAGCACAGAUGCUGAGGCAACAUGUAUUGCCGUGCGAGUGGAUUUGGAAACGCUCAGGAUCCAGGUGGUGGAUAAUGGAUAUGGUUUAUGUGAGGAGGACAUGAAACUUGUGGGAAUGAGAUACUUUACAAGCAAAUGCCAUUCCCUCAAGGAUUUAGAAGAUCUGAAAUUUUAUGGAUUUAGAGGCGAGGCUAUUGCAAGCAUAGCUGAAAUGUGCAGCGUAGUAGAAAUUUCUUCAAAGAAGAAGAAUGCAGCAAGGACAUUCACAAAAUUGUUUCAAAAUGGAAAGUCGCAGCAUGUGCAUGAAGCUGAAUUGAACAGGCCAUGUUAUGGGACAACUGUUACUGUGUUCAACCUGUUUUAUAGCCUACCAGUACGGAGGAAAUGCAUGGAUCACGUAAUAGAGAUUGAACGUAUCCGACAAAGGGUAGAAGCAGUAUCCCUCAUCCAUCCAUCCAUUUCUUUCUCUCUUAAGAACGAUGCUUCAUUUUCUGUGAUACUUCAGCUGCCUAAAACCAAGGACGUGUGCUCUCGUUUUUGUCAGAUUUAUGGACUUGCCAAAUCUCAGAAGCUUCUGGAAAUUCAGCAUUCUUUCAAUGGCUUUUCUAUACAAGGAUACAUCAGUAGUGAAAGUCACUAUAAUAAGUCCAUACAGUUUUUAUAUAUUAACAAAAGAUUGGUUUUAAAAACAAAAUUACAUAAACUUAUUAAUUUUCUGUUAAGGAAAGAAAGUGUAAUUUGUAGGUCUAAACCUCAUGUUGGCGGUAAAUUAAGUUCUAGUCCAGGGAAGAAUCGUGGUCCCGAGCUUUAUGGAGUCUUUGUAAUUAACCUCCUGUGUAAUUUAUAUGAGUAUGACAUUUGCUUUGAGCCUGCAAAAACCUUGAUAGAGUUUAGAGACUGGAACUCUGUAUUGCUGUGUGUAGAAGAAGGUGUAAAGACAUUUUUACAGAGAACUAACAUGUUUUUAGAGCCAUCUAAGGAAGAUAUUACUGACUUUAAUGAGAAAACCAAUUUAACUCUGUCAUGUCAUGAAUUUCAAAAUGUGGAGAAGAACCAGCAAGAGAUCUUUCAAAAGGCUUGUGACAGUGUAACGGAGAACUAUGCAAUGUCAAAUCUUAAGUCAAAAUAUGUAAUCAGAAGUAAUACUAAUGAGAUACAAAUGCCAAAUACUACUGUGAAUGAUCCUAAUGAUACAAACAAAUUUCAAAAUACUCCCUGUAGGGUAAGUGAUGCACUUGUUGAAUGCAAAACAACGCAGUCAGACAUGUUAGAAGUCUCUCCACACAAUAGCAGCAUCCCUAAGACAAAUACAGAAGAUACAGGAUCCUCUACAUGUGUUAAUAAAGAUAACUCGGAAGAUAUGAUAUGUCCAGGUUCCUUUGAAGGUCACUGCAGUGUUGUAAUGCAUGAUUCAGCUGAACUUGAAGCUGUACAAAGUGGAAAUAGUUCUGACCAUCUGAAGAGAGAAUGUUCUACAUUGCUUAGUCCUCGGUUUAUGACAUGGGAGACGAGCCUUCCUGUAGAUACAGUAAGAGACAAAACUCUAUCUAAUAUACCAUGUCCAGUUGUGAAUGAGGUCAUCUCACAAGUAACACAUGACACGAAUAAGAAUUAUUUUUGUUCAAAAGACAUUUCUAACGAAUCUACUAAAUUUGAAGUAAGCCAGACUGUUUCCAAGCUACCAUCACCUGAGGGAACAAAUAAACAGUUUAAAAUGUUUUGCAGACCUGGUCCUGUAAGUUCACUUGAAAUACUAGAAAACAACAUUUCUGGGAAGAGUAACCAAUCAGGAAACUUAAGUAAACUUUUUCCAAACAAUACAAAGUCAGUAGAUGCUAAAUUUCCCACAUUAAAUACAAGAAACAUGGAUGUAUUGACACAUACAUACACACCUGGCAUCAAACACAGAGAUACAAAGCAGACUUCUAAAAGCAGGGCAUCCAGAACUUUGCAUUUAUUUGGUCAGCUGGGAUCCUUGGAAAGAUUUAAGAGACAGUAUGGAAAAACACAAUCUUUAGCAGCACAUUCAAGCUCUUUGGAUAAGUUUCACAAUGGCAACUUGAAAGUUCAUCCUCCCAGUGAAAAGACAGAAACAAAUGCUCAUCCUGCAAGAGAACCUCAGGAACUAGCAGAUACUAUAUUAACAAAUGUUAAGCAGAUACAUUUUAACCUUAGUCAGCAAAGUCAUUCUACUCAGUCAGAACAUGCUAAUCAGAUGCUAAAUCCAUCAAGUAAUCAGAGCAAUGGUAACUCAUUGGCCUCAAAGCUGUGUCAGAUGAGGAAUACACUAGAGUCUUCAUAUCUAGAAGAUAUAAAUACUGAAGCAUUAAGAAACUUAAGAGCAACCAGUGAGAUUUCGUUAGGGAUUGCCAUACCAAGUACAGAACAAAUCUCUGCUGUUGUGAAGAGUGUUAAUGCCUCUAGUCCCCAUGGAAAAUCAGAGGAACAGACAGAUUGUGUUCAGCAUACAUUAACAACUGUACAUGACUGGGAGACACAAGACAGUAAAAUUACUUCUGAUGCACUUGAUACUUUUGUCAGAGGUUCAGAAAAUUAUCUAGAUCCCAAUAGUACUCUUCAAGCAAGUGGUUUUGCAUCUCAAAACUGGUGUCAGUGUUAUGAAGAGUCACUUGGGAGGAACGUUUUUAUUAACAAGGCCACAGGCCUUAGCAGCUACAGUGCUCCACUGGAGGAGGGGACCACCCGCUGCAUUAAUGAUCUCUCAACGACUGCAGUGAAUGUUGUCUGCGGUAAUGGGUUUCAGUACCAGUAUUAUCCCUUUAGGGGUGACCACAUUGUGCCAUUCCUUCCCAGGCCUUUUAGAGAAAGAGACCUUGCGAGGCAAAACAGAGAUAAUGAGAACUCAGAGAGAGAUUUACUGCAGUCCAUGUACUCAAAGUGGGAGAACCCAGUGUUCUCACGUCACCCUAUGGUGGCUGUGGAUGUAAGUAGGGGAAAUGCAGACAUCCUGGCAGUCAAAAUACACAAUAUACUGCAUCCGUACCGGUUCACCAAGGACAUGAUACAGACUAUGAAGGUUCUUCAGCAGGUGGAUAAUAAGUUCAUUGCAUGCUUGAUGAAGACUGAGAUGGACGACGGCGCAGAAUCAGAAGGAAACCUCUUAGUGCUGGUGGAUCAGCAUGCAGCCCAUGAGCGUAUCCGUCUGGAGCAGCUUAUUGCAGAUUCCUAUGAGCAUGCACCAGGGACUAGCGGAGUAAAAAGGCUAAAGACAUCCAUUGUGAAUCCCCCACUGGAAUUGGAUUUGACAGAAAAUCAGUGGAGGCUGCUUAGGGCAUAUGCUGGUGGUCUGCGUAACAUAGGUUUGUCUUUGUCAUUCCCUGAUUCACACAACACUCGUGUGCUGGUCGGAGAGGUUCCUCUUUGCUUUGUAGAGAAGGAAGCGAAUGAGACUCAUCGUGGGAGAUCAACUGUGGCCAAAAUGAUGGUGCAGGAUUAUCUAAGAGAACAGGUGGAGCUGUUACAGGUGUCUGGAGGAGCUCAUGGGACAUUUCCUCUGACCGUGCUGAGGGUGCUGGCGUCCCAGGCAUGUCAUGGUGCUGUAAAAUUUAACGAUAGCCUCAGUCUGGAGGAAUGCGAACACCUUGUGCAAGCUUUGGCUGGCUGCCAGCUGCCGUUCCAGUGCGCACACGGGAGACCCUCUGUUCUACCUCUGGCAGAUCUGUGUCAUCUGGAGCUGAGGGAGCAGGUUCCUUCAAGACCAAACCUGAGACGCCUUAAUCAGCAUUGCAGAACUGCAAGACUACAGGAAGCCAUUGUCACCGCUGCUCCGCUACAGCUAGACCCAUCCUCCACUUAGUAACACAAACAGCUUGCAAUCCUAACCCAUGGGAAGGUGACAUGAAAUGGGACACUAGAGGGAGUGCUCAUUUAAUGAUGCGUUUCAUUUUAAGAACCAUCGUCGACCAGUAUAACCCCUGUUGCUGGUAUGGUUAUACGAGAUAGGGUGCUACCUAUAUAAAUACACAUUUUAUUCUCCAGGAACUGGCUGAGCAACCUCUUUAUUAAAUAGUGCUGACAGAGGGCCACAGCCUGAUUGGUAAGAGUCCAUAACAGUCCCAACUGUGACAUCACAGCUCAUGGUCAUCAGGGUGGUAGAGCUCACUCAUCAGGCGGUAAAUGUAGGAUGGGGCAUUUCCCCCAAUGUUGGAGAUGAAGAGGGUAAUAAGUUCUGGGGGCACAUAAUCAAAGAUGGGGCAGUGCGCGCUGACCUGUGAAAGGAUCUCACCUGGAGAGGGAAAAAAAAAAAAAAUGAACUUCCUGUCUUUAAACAUAAAAUUAUACGCUGCCAUUUAUCACCCCAUACAGGACGUUCAGACAUUUGAAGUUUUGUUCUUUUGCUAAAACAGUUGUAGGUUUUACUAUGACUGCUCUACAUAAACCAGUACACAAUGUCUGUGCUACAAAUAAACUGACGUUUUGUUGCUAUAACUCA